UCUUUUAGCAACGCUACCGUAAAGCAACAACGAAUGAGUUUGCGACAGUCGGCAAAUUAGCGGUCAGCCGUCCUGACAACGCGAGCCAAUGGCGUUUCAAGUUGUGUUACGUAGUGCCCUUAACUGCCAUCCUGCCGACAUAUUGAGCCCUGGCAGCCCCGGUCUUUCCCCCUGGCCUCUCGGCCAAUCCGCGUCUGAUGCUGCGAGGAGCGCUGGCUGCCUUGGCUCUGGGCUUCGUGGCCGCCUGGAUCCUGAGCCGCGGGUUCGAUCCCCGCUCCUGGCUGAGGCAGACACGUGAUGAGUGGGUGGUGACCGCCGCCGAGUUGAGCCGCUACACGGGUGGCGAAGGAAGCCCGGGCCUUUACUUGGCUUUGCUGGGACAGGUCUUCGAUGUGCAGCGCGGGCAUCAGCACUAUGGACCAGGGGGAGCCUACAGCUUCUUCUCCGGGAAAGAUGCCUCUCGGGCUUUCGCAAAAGGCGACUUCACUGAAGCGGGUUUGGUGGAUGAUAUUGAGGGAUUGUCACCGUCAGAAAUGCUGGCCAUCCAGAACUGGCUGUCAUUCUACAGAAAGAAUUAUGUGUUUAUUGGCAAAGUUGCAGGGAGAUUUUACGAUGUAAACGGGAGCCCCACGUCUCUUCUACAGCAAGCCCAAGCACUGAUUGACGAAGGGCAGAGACUGCAGGCACAAGAGAAAGAGAAAAAGCAACGCUUCCCACCUUGUAACGCUGAAUGGCACUCGGCUUCUGGAAGCAAAGUCUGGUGUUCCAAGCAGAGCGGAGGAGUCAACAGAGAUUGGGCAGGCGUCCCCCGAAAGAUGUAUGAGCCAGGCUCACGGGGCAGCCACUGCGUGUGUGUGAGAACAGAAGGGCCCCCUUCUGAGCAAUUCUCUUUCCACCCGCCCAGCAACAGAGGCGACCUUGACCACCCCAGGCUGCAAGAAUAUGACGGCUGCCACCCGUCAGCCAACUGGUGUGCUCUGAAAGACUAAAACCACAUUCAAAUGUCAGAAGCAACUUGGGUGAAGCUGAGAUUUGUGCACAGAUAUGAGCUGGCUGGCCGACUCACUCCUCCUCUGCUGGGAUACGCUUUCCGAGCCUGUGUGAAUGCAGGCAGCCCACGUGAACUGAAGUUUUACUCCCCACAAUAUUGGAUUAAAGCAGAGAAGCCGUGUGUUCUUUUGGAUUGAUGGUAAACCUUUCGAAACUGUAUCGUCGUGAGUCAAUACAGAUUGCAUUUAAGGGCACGUCCUUGUCCAAUAGCUAAGAGGCAGGGAUACUACCAAGUGUUCUGUAUAAAGCAGUUACUACCCUCA